CACUCGAUGAGGUCCUACGCUGGUUGUCACAUAGUCUUUACUACGGUUUGAAAUGUGACUCUCACAACACGGGUUUACCGACUGGAAUGCACCGCUCUGUGACAACUGAAGGGAUUUUUUUUUGUGCGCGCAAAUCCUGCGUGGUUCUCAGUGGAUAUAGGCUGUGUGGACUACACAUUCCUGCCAUGACUGUGGAUUUGCUUGCGGUUUUAUGGGUCAUCAUCACCACCACGGUUUCCGCGAUGGAAGAGACGUUGAUGGACACACGGGUGGCUACGGCUGAGCUAGGCUGGACGGCCUACCCUGCGUCUGGGUGGGAGGAGGUGAGCGGCUACGACGAGAACCUCAACACCAUACGGACCUACCAGGUGUGCAACGUGUUCGAGCCCAGCCAGAACAACUGGCUCCUCACCACCUUCAUCGACCGACGUGGAGCUCAGAGGAUCUACGUGGAGAUGCGCUUCACCGUGCGUGACUGCAGCUCCAUCCCCAACGUUCCCGGCUCCUGCAAGGAGACCUUCAACCUUUACUACUACGAGACGGACUCGGUCAUCGCCACCAAAGGAACCGCCUUCUGGAUGGAAGCCCCUUACCUAAAGGUUGACACCAUCGCGGCUGAUGAGAGCUUCUCCCAGGUGGACUUCGGCGGACGGUUGAUGAAGGUCAACACGGAGGUCCGGAGCUUUGGCCCACUGUCGAAGAACGGGUUCUACCUGGCGUUUCAGGACUAUGGUGCCUGUAUGUCGCUGCUCUCGGUUAGAGUGUUUUAUAAGAAGUGCCCCAGUGUGGUGCAGAACUUUGCCAUCUUCCCUGAGACCAUGACAGGGGCUGAGAGCACCUCCCUGGUCAUCGCUAGAGGAAUCUGCAUCCCAAAUUCAGAGGAGGUGGACGUGCCCAUAAAGCUGUACUGCAAUGGAGAUGGCGAGUGGAUGGUUCCUAUCGGGAGCUGCACCUGCAAGGCCGGGUUCGAGACUGAUAACGGGAACGUCUGCCGAGCCUGCCCCCCAGGGACAUUUAAAUCAACCCAGGGUCCAGGCCUCUGUUUGCAGUGCCCCUCCAACAGCCGCUCUACAGCCGAGGCCGCCACUAUCUGCAUCUGCCGCAAUGGUUACUACCGCGGUGACAUGGACCAGCCUGACAUGCCCUGCACCAGCGUUCCCUCGGGCCCGCGGAACGUGAUCUCCGUCGUGAACGAGACCUCCGUGAUCCUGGAGUGGCACUCGCCUAGGGAGACAGGCGGUCGUGAGGACGUGGUCUACAACAUUGUUUGUAAGAAGUGCCGGGCGGACCGCCGUACCUGUUCACACUGUGACGACAACGUGGAGUUUGUUCCGCGGCAGCUGGGCCUGACGGAAACCAGAGUGUUCAUCAGUAACCUGUGGGCCCACACGCUCUACAGCUUCGAGAUACAGGCCGUCAAUGGGGUGACCAAUAAGAGCCCCUACCCUGCCCAGCACGUGUCUAUAGACAUCACCACCAACCAGGCUGCCCCCUCCAUCGUACCCAUCAUGCACCAGGUGAGCUCCACCAUGAAGAGCUUCACAUUGUCAUGGCCACAGCCUGAACAGCCCAACGGAAUCAUCCUGGACUACGAGCUACGCUUCUACGAGAAGGACCAUUCAGAGAUCAACUCCACCGUGGUUCGCAGCGAGACCAACACAGCCAGGGUGGAGGGCCUCCGGGCGGGCAUGGUCUACGUCGUGCAGGUGCGGGCCAGGACCGUGGCUGGCUUUGGCAAAUACAGCGGCAAGAUGUGCUUCCAAACCCUCACAGAUGAUGACUAUAAGUCAGAGUUGAGAGAGCAGCUUCCACUAAUCGCAGGGUCAGCUGCAGCAGGAGUGGUGUUCAUCGUCUCUCUCGUGGCCAUCUCCAUCGUCUGCAGCAGGAAACGGGUGUACACCAAGGAAGCGGUGUACAGCGACAAAUUACAGCAUUACAGCACAGGAAGAGAGCUCUCCCUGAGAGCCGACAUGUCUAACUGCACCUCCCCACUGGGCUGCCCGACCCACUUCUCAGGCUCUCCGGGGAUGAAGAUCUACAUCGACCCCUUUACCUACGAGGACCCCAACGAGGCCGUCCGGGAGUUCGCCAAGGAGAUCGAUGUGUCCACCGUCAAGAUCGAAGAGGUCAUUGGUGCAGGUGAGUUUGGUGAGGUGUACAAGGGACGUCUGAAGCUCCCAGGCAAGAGGGAGAUCUACGUGGCCAUUAAGACCCUGAAGGCAGGAUACGUGGAGAAGCAGAGGCGGGACUUCCUGUCCGAGGCGUCAAUCAUGGGACAGUUUGACCACCCCAACAUCAUCAGACUUGAGGGCGUGGUUACCAAGAGUCGGCCAGUCAUGAUCGUCACAGAGUUUAUGGAGAACGGGGCCCUUGAUUCCUUCCUGAGGCAAAACGAUGGUCAGUUCACCGUGAUCCAGCUGGUGGGCAUGAUGAGGGGCAUCGCGGCGGGCAUGAAGUACCUCUCUGAGAUGAACUACGUCCAUAGGGACCUGGCCGCCCGCAACAUCCUGGUAAACAGCAACCUGGUCUGCAAAGUGUCUGACUUCGGGCUGUCGCGCUACCUCCAGGACGAUACCUCUGAUCCCUCCUACACCAGCUCUCUGGGGGGUAAGAUCCCAGUGAGGUGGACGGCUCCAGAGGCCAUCGCCUACAGGAAGUUCACCUCAGCCAGUGACGUGUGGAGCUACGGCAUCGUCAUGUGGGAGGUGAUGUCAUUUGGAGAGAGACCCUACUGGGACAUGUCCAACCAGGAUGUGAUCAAUGCCAUAGAGCAGGACUACCGGCUGCCCCCUCCCAUGGACUGCCCCUCAGCUCUGCACCAGCUCAUGCUGGACUGCUGGCAGAAGGACCGUAACGCGCGGCCACGCUUCGCUGACAUCGUCAACACCCUGGACAAGAUGAUCCGCAACCCAGCCAGUCUGAAACAAGUGGCCAGCAUCCCGGCAGUGCCUUCCCAGACCCUGUUGGAUCAUUCUAUCCCAGACUUCAACACCUUCAGUUCAGUGGGAGAGUGGCUGGGAGCCAUCAAGAUGACCCAGUACAGAGAUAACUUCCUCAACUCUGGCUUCACCUCCCUGCAACUGGUGGCACAGAUUACAUCUGAAGACCUCCUGAGGAUAGGUGUCACCCUGGGGGGCCACCAGAAGAAGAUCCUCAGUAACGUCACCUCCAUGCGGGUGCAGAUAAGCCAGUGCCAGUCGCCCACUGCCGUGGCAUGACUGGAGGAGGCGCCAUGCCACGGGGCGGGCAGCAUUCGGGUUGGCAGGGACUACAGCAGAAAGGACUACACCCCUCACCGAAUGACCCCCGACCCGUCGGAACGCGCCAGGGUCGAGACUAUCAUUCUCAUCUAAUCCCAUCGGACAUAUAAUCAAACAUCAUUACCCAGGAGGCCAGGGUCCAGACGAAGACUAACUAUCAAUUUCCACUAAUCUGAGUUAUUCUGAGUUAUGAUGUAGAGUUCAAUGUGUUCGGAGGCUGUUUUUUUUUCAAUCUUAAUCUGUGAGGUAAUAGAGUAUGGUGGUACUGACUCAGAGAGUCUUUGGGAAUAUCAGAUGUAUGUCUUGACUGGAUGAUGUUAGACUGGAGAGGAGGAAAUGGAAGACAUUUUGAAGAGGAAGAUCAUCGGUGAAUCUCAAACACCCCCCAAUUUGUUCAGAGGGCCCUCCGUUGUCACGGGUUGGUGACGAAGCUCAGAGGUUGACUUCCAGAGAGUGGCGAGGGGAUGAAUACAUCAGUCACCUUUUGGAACACACUCAUGGCAAUUCAUGUUUCACUUUUAGAUACUAAAACGAGCAUGAAAUUCAACCCACUGGGCAAAAACGGGUUGAAUCAACAUUGUUCCCACAUAAUUUCAACAAUACAUGUGAUGAUAUUGAUUCAAUGUGGAAAAUUGAUUGGAUUUGGAUUGAUUGCAAAUAGUCCGAAAUGUGAGGGAAUUUCAUGUUUUUUUUCAGCUAACUUUGAACCUAAAUCCAAAGUCAUAGCGACAUUUUUUGUUGAUUUCACAUUGAAUUCACGUUAGUUGACAACUCAACAACCAAAUGUAUAUAUUUUUUUAAAUGAUGUUGAACUGACGUCUGUGCCCAGUGAGAAAUGAACAAAUCCCCCUAGGCCAUUUUACAAGAUAUAAACCUCAGUAACAGUUACACAUUUCAUUUGGGAAGUAUUUCGUCUGUUACGUGUCUUGAAAUCAGAUGGUGGACCUGCUCUGAUAGUUUUAUGCAUGUGGCAUAUAACUAGGCACGCACUCUCCAAACAUAUUGAGGUGCGUGUCGGGAUAGGACUACACCCCUCACCGAAUGACCCCCGACCCGUCGACCCGUAGCACUUCGCUAUGAAGCCUGCAGCCUUUCUGGCUUGGUCGAAGUGGCUGUGAGAGGGUUAAAUUAGCCCCUACACCCUCGAUCAUUUUCACUCCCUCAGCUGUGGUACAAUGUGCAUAUGGCGCAGGUGCGCGUGGCCAGGAGCAAGGAGCAAGGGGAAGGGAGUGAUUUGGGAUUCAGCCAAUGUCAUCAGAAGGCCCCUGAUUUGUCAUUUGACCCCAGCCUUCCUCAAAGACUGAAAUGAGGAUGCAUUGGUCUGGCUAGGAGCAGCAGUAUGAAAUGAGGAUGCAUUGGUCUGGCUAGGAGCAGCAGUAUGAAAUGAGGAUGCAUUGGUCUGGCUAGGAGCAGCAGUAUGAAAUGAGGAUGCAUUGGUCUGGCUAGGAGCAGCAGUAUGAAAUGAGGAUGCAUUGGUCUGGCUAGGAGCAGCAGUAUGAAAUGAGGAUGCAUUGGUCUGGCUAGGAGCAGCAGUAUGAAAUGAGGAUGCAUUGGUCUGGCUAGGAGCAGCAGUAUGAAAUGAGGAUGCAUUGGUCUGGCUAGGAGCAGCAGUAUGAAAUGCGUAUUGAAAGAAUGCAAAUAGACAUGUUCAAUAUACACACAUACGGGAAAAUGAUACAGAGACAUACAGUGGUGAUUGGUUGAUUUGACAUUUUUCUCACCUUAUAUUUUUUCAUUUGAAGCUUUUGACAUUUUUGAGAUCUCCUCAAGGUCGACCAAAGUUGAACUGGCUGGAAAGGAGAGCUUCUCUGACAUUUUGUUGGUAUUGUGUUUUGCUUUUCCACCAUGAAAGCAGGGAACAAAAUUCUCUACCAUGUUUUCACUUUAACACUACCUGUGGAUGUCUGGGCUGAUGGCCUUGCCAAAGGACUAGUGAAAUGGCCUCACCCAGAUUCUGAGAAUAUAUAUAAAUAUGUAUAUCUCUAACUAAAUAUGAAUAUAUCUUCUGAAUAAAUCUUCAUAUUGAAGGUGACUUGUAUGAAUAUGUAUGCACAAAACUCUCUCUGCUUGCCUUUUUGGCAAAGAUGACGUUUUUGUGGACUGGAUUGUGAUGGAGAUGGACUCAUAAUGUAGUUUCUCUACAGCGCCACCUAGCCCUCUGGAGGACAAAACAUAAAGACACCAUUUUGUUUCUUUCCCCAAUGCUGAGGGGUCAUCACAUGGACAAUCCUGAAUGAAUUUUGAGCUGGAAGCAAAUGUACAAAGGACCAUGUACAAAUGACUCUUUCUGUGGAUGUGUAUAAAACAACUAUAGGGAUAAAAAAAAGUAACAAAAUGUCCCUUCUCUGAAGAGCCCAUGUUAAAUGUAAGUGUAUUCAUGCCAUAUCUUGCUGGUGAGCACUUACUUGUACAGAUUGUAUUUUUCUUUAUUUCCUCUUGUUUGUUGCUUGUGUUGGAGUGAUUGGAACCAUCAAGAAUGGGAAGUAGAGUGGAUAGUGUCUCGUCUACUGGCCAAGGUCUACGGUAUGUAUUGUAUCUGCUAUUGAUGUGUGUGUGUGUGUGUGUGUGUGUGUGUGUGUGUGUGUGUGUGUGUGUGUGUGUGUGUGUGUGUGUGUGUGUGUGUGUGUGUGUGUGUGUGUGUGUGUGUGUGUGUGUGUGUGUGUGUGUGUGUGUGUGUGUGUGUGUGUGUAUGUGAAUAUCUGGGUCUGGCUUAGCCAACAGGCGCCUCUUGAUAAACACAGACAAACAGCUCACAGAGGCACUCCGCACACACACAAAAUCAAUAAUAGCACCGCGGAGGGGUUCAACUCGCACUUCAACCCCCACACACCUGUUACCUAAAGAGAGGAGUUCAUCUUGCACUUCAACCCCCACACACCUGUUUCCUUAAAGAGAGGAGGUCCUCUCGCACUUCAACCCCCACACACCUGUUACCUAAAGAGAGGAGGUCCUCUCGCACUUCAACCCCCACACACCUGUUACCUAAAGAGAGGAGGUCCUCUCGCACUUCAACACCCACACACCUAUUACCUAAAGUGGCUAGUUUUACAGCUAUUACUAGUACACUAAAAGCUAUGUCAAUUGUAAGUAUUGCUUAGUGACUGCUCCACCUACGUUGGCCAAUAUUAAUUUAUAUGUGUCACUUUGGUAUAGGGAUCAGGAGACAGGCGCAGGAAUACGUAAUAGUGGUUUUUCUUACCCAAAUUACAGCGUGCCGUUUAAAUGCAAGGGGGAGAAGACCAAAGAAACACAUAUACAAAACACAGGGUUGAAACCCAACAAAAGAGCGAGGAGUACCUUGAGUAAGUACACCGGGGCGAGACCCGUAAUCAUCUGCGCAAUACAAGCGGCACGAAAGCCAAAACAACACAGCACAGGUACUCACACGAUCAACAGACAAUGGAACAAUAAUCGACUGCCCAAUGGAAACCAAUGGGCACAUUUAUACAAUUACAAUCCGGGAAAUGGAGACGAGGUGUGCGUAAUGACACCGUUCUGGAGGGAUCCUUGACAAAAUGUCCAUAACGGGGUGUAUCUUCAUUUCCAAUCAAGUCAUAUUUUCACUUAGUCGUACACUGAUGUCAAUGGAUGACUCAGUGAAAAUUUGCCUCACUUGGAAGUUAGUAGUUGCCCCAAUGUUUAUAAGUGGAACACACUCUAUUGCAAUUGGUGGAAGACAGAAGAGGUUGGUGAGAGGAGCUUUAGGGGGACGGGGUCAUUGUAAUGGCUGGAAUGGAAUGAAUGGAACAGAGUCAAACACGUGGUUUCCAUAUCUUUGAUACCGUUCCAUUCCAGCCAUCUAAUGAGCCUGUCCUCCUAUAACUCCCCCCUCCAGCCUCCUCUGGCGGAAGAGGUUUAUUUUUGAGAUGGUGGCUACUGAGGACACGGAUACUAUUGCAGUUGGAGUGAGAGUGUCCUUCUGAAGUAUGUCUGAAGAUGGAGUAAAUGGUGGUCCAGGAGGGGAAGCUGACAUGAUGAGUUGGAGGGCUUCGGUACACAGGGUUGAUUGUACUACUAGCCCUGCUCUUGUGUAUGCUAGAAGCCUGUGAUUGCAGUGUGAUUGGUGUGGUGUAGUCUGAGAAAUAGAUGGCUGUCUGGUCUUGCACCAAUCACACUGAAUCUCAACUAUGUCUGACAGCAAGGUGAAGGAACCUGGUUGAAGAUGGUGGAACUGCUCUGAUAACUCUGUCGAAACCAAAGGGAAUUGGGUUAUUCCCAAUCAGAUCAAAACAUACAAUUAUGAAUAAGUGUAGUCGCCAACCCACUGACAUGUCCACUUUACUAAAGUAGGCAAUCAAUGCGAAGGCAACAACCCAUGUUACACUGUAGAUAUAGCAAAAUCCUCAUUAACUGUGAAUUGGCCAUAUUAAUUAAGCCUUCCAGGGACAGCAGAGGGAAAUUAAGUAUGCCUAUGUUUGAUCUUCUACAGAGUAGGCCUAUGGCAAGUGUCUAAUAUUGGAACACGAUACAACUUAACCAGAUUUUGUCUGGUUGUAAUCUCUCAUUGCAUCGAUUUUCUUGUAACUACAUCCUCAGGUGUCAGGUCAUGACAAACUGCUGUUUCCCCAAACACAGAUAUCGUAGACUGCUGUUCUACUAGCCACUCUGUGGAAUUGGCCAGCCUUCUGCACUCCUGUGCCAAGCAAUGGGUUUUUACUUUAGUAGGGGUGUGGCUCCAUGUCUAAGACUGGGGUACCCACCUUGGCGUCUGAAAUUAGAAAUCAAUCGCAGCCCAUUAGCAGAUUAUUAAGUAUCCUCAACCCCCUCACCCCUUCAUUUUCCCUUCUGUCUCACAUCUAUCCCCCCAUCCCUUGCUCCUUCUCAUGGCCAGGCUCCAGCUCAUUUAUCCUGAGUGUAAAAAACCUGUCUCAGGCCCAGGUCUGGAUGUGGGUCUGGGCCUCGCCGGGCCUGCCCAGCUGGCUGUGGCUGAGAAAUGGCUGCAUCUCGGACUCUCUGCUCCAGUGCACCCAUGCAGGCACGGGACCAGGCCACCUGCUGGGGCCUCAGGGCCUCAGUCUAACAGCGGUCUGAUCAGCCAUGAGGAGGGAGAUGGAUGGGUCUGGGGCCAGCACACACACACACACACAGGCAUACACACACACACACGCCAAGGAGUCCGCUGUCACAGCUACUGCACGGCAGUCUAUCUCAUAAUGAAGAGAGAGUGGGCCGAGACCUGAUAGUGGGUGUCUAUUGGGAACAUGAGCGGGGUGAGAGAAGAGAGGGGAGGGGGGAGGGGUUGACGGACUAUGAAACAGUAGCACUAUACAUCAACUAAGGUAUAUUGGGGUCGGUUCUAAUUGUUGUAAUUCAGCUACAGUCUACGACCACCUGAGCUGUUUCAAUAAACCGUACAUGACAACCUAUACAUGAAGCUCUUUAGGUCGAAACCUAGCUUUUAAAAUCCCUUUCAACAUCAUUCACACAAGCCCGGAGUACCCUGCGCAUACCUAAUCAUUCUUUCUUCUGAUUAACGCUGUCUGUUUAUUCAAUGGAGGGAUCUCAUUUCAAUCCAUUACGCUUCCAUUCAGGCACGUCUCAAGUAUAUGCCAUUCAACAUGCCUGUCUAUGAAUGAGAUGACAGAGCACUCUGUGAUUCCCAGUUUUCUUGUUUUCCAUUUGCUAAUGUUGGAUGUAUUAACAUUCUGUCUCUAAUAGCAUUCCACUAUAGAAUCGUGACAUGAAAAGCAAUUAGCACUCCCUCCAUAAUGAGCCAUUUCAGAAUUAGCUGUCAUUGUCCCAUUCUCUCCUCCUAAAAAAAACAUAUAUAUAUUCAUCUGUGGAUUACUUUGAUAAUCAUUUUUUACAAUGACAUCUGUUUUGAUUUGUUACAACUUUGUCUGAAAAGUGGGCCUGGGUGUGUCCAUUCAACUGAUGAUUGCUGUUGAAUAAAUAUUUGUGUAGUUAAAUCUGUUUCAGAAAGUAUUGUUUUAGUUGGAAAUAAUUCCUCUAU